CGUUCUUUCCCCUGAACUCUUGGUUAUCCAGUUCGACUAGUUAUACUUGUUGUUGUGAUUAUUUGGUAUAUUUUAAUAAUCACAAACAUGGUAAGCCCAAUUGGUGUGUAUAGCUCAGCCUCGGCGGGGUCGACUGAUCGGCUCCAACGCUGCCUGGUCACUCUCUUGUGGUUAGCUCUUAUCACUCAAGCCCAAGGAUCUACAGCCGACGUCGUGGUGGUGGAAUGUGAAGCGGAGUACGUAGAAGUUCGUCUCCCGAGAGAACUCAUCACGUCUCCAAUUAAAGUGAUCGAUGAGCACGGAUAUGCUUUGAAUGCCCACAGAAUCGCCACGAAGUGCGGCUACACGCUGUCGUCAGGCUGGGACAACACCCUGGUCUUCAGAACGACCUACCACAGCUGCUACGUGCAUGAGCAGAGUAAAGGCUGGUUCAGUUUCGUGCUGCAGGUAGAGGGCGCUCUCUUGCCAGUGACAUGCCGCCGCGGGGCGGGGCUGAGCCCACAGACCGGUGGCAACAUAAACAUCUGGGCGGUUGCCAAGACAACGAGAAACAUCUGGGGAGCAGCGAAUGUCACAUUCACAGCAUCGCCAACCGCAGCAAAGAGAGACAAGGAGAUUCCAGUAGUGGUUACUGAGGAGAACAUCUGGCCCAUCCGCAUCAGGGAGUUGAAGACUGCAGGUCCCCCUGUGGUCAGGUUCGUGACCCCAGAUGCAGGUUUCUGGGAGAUAAAGACUGAGCUGCCCAGAGUGACAGAGCUCCGGACCCUGAGCCAGGGGCUGCAGUGCGGGGCUGACGGUGUCCCUGCCUCUGAGUGCGUCCGCCUGGGCUGUGCCUUUGACUCUGUGCACCACAGCCCUCCCUGCUUCUAUAAAUACACAGGCUGCUCUCAGUCGGGUCACUUUGUCAUCCUGGUCAACAGCAGCUCCACGACCCCGCCCCUUCGACUGAAAACAGCACAUGUGUUGCAGGGUCAGGGGUCACAGUGCCAGCCGAAGUGGAUGACCUCUGAUCUGGCAGUGUUCCACUUCCCGGUCCGUGAUUGUGGGAGUGGAAAACUGCUCGCAGGAGACUCUGUCCUGUACGAGACGGAGAUCGUUGCUGAUCGGGAGCUUGUGACUGCGCUGAACUACGCUAUCAGUCGUGAUAGUGGGUUCCGGCUGCGUGUGCGCUGUGUGUAUCGGGCGAGCGGGACCGCGAGACUGGAGACCAUCGUCAACCCCCCACCCGCCUUCAAACCCAUCUCUGAACUGGGAACUGUGAGACUGGAGCUGCGCAUCGCAAAAGACGGCUCCUUCUCUUCCUGGGUCUCCCUUUCGGAGUUUCCCUUGGUGAAGGUGCUUUUAGACCCUGUCUUUGUGGAGGUCCGACUCGUUGACAGAGAGGACCCCAGUCUCGAGCUGCUAUUGGACAACUGCUGGGCGACCUCCGACCCCAAACCAGGGCAAGGGGCGCAGUGGCCGCUACUGAGGGACAGGUGCCCGUUUCUGAGUGAUAAUUACCAGACAGUGCUGCACGAAGUCGCAUUGAAAGCAGACGUGAAGUUCCCCUCGCACAACAAGAGAUUUGAGUUGAAAACAUUCACUUUCGUCAACCAGACCAAUGGUAUCCCCUUCAACUGGCAGUUGUAUAUCCACUGCAGUGCAGUGCUCUGUUCACCAGCAGGAGAUCCGAGCUGCCAAACGAACUGCAGCAGUUUAGCAAGGUCGAGAAGACGAAGAUUAUCAAAGCGAUCUCGCAGCCAAGGGAGUUCAGUUGUGGUGUCAUCGCGAGGCUCAAUAAGAUUUGUCCGCUCCACUCAUCGCCGAAGCAACCACAGAACGACACGCUCACAGCUCGACCACAGACCAGCUUGGUCCGUUCGACGGGUCAGUGCACUUUCCAUAGUGUCGGUGUCAUUGCUGGGGGUCAGCCUGGCCAUCUUUGGAAUGCAAUUCACACUGAGAUAUCGGCGAAAGAGGCACAGUGUAACAUCUCAUAUCUACCAACCAUGUUCCUAAUAAAAAAAUAAUAAUAAAAAAAAGAACUCCUGUCUUUUUAUUUAAUGGCUUUUAAGCCAUUCUAAAAUGAUUUAAUGGUUGGCUUUUUAAUAUUUAUCAAUUGAUAUUUCUCUCCCUAGUAUGAAGAGCUACAUAUUCCUGUUGGCUUGAACAUGUGUUUUACACAUUGAAACAAUAUGAAUUGAAUGUAGUGUAUAAAGAAUACACUGAGCUGCUUUGCACAGCUUGAGCGCCAGCGUUAUCAAGCUUGUACUUUGGUUAUCGGCUUCUUGGUGAUCAAUUGUGAAAUUUGCUUGGGGCUUCUGUGUUUGGGUUUCAUUAAUUAUAUUUCGGUGCUUAUUUUAGAGUUAUGCAAAUUAGGUUUUUUUUCGGGGCUUUAGUUUUUGAUUAUACUGUAUUAAAUUUAGUGUUUUCGGUUACUUUCCAAAAUGGGG